GUGGAGGGCAUGACCCGAUCCUCUGUGAAAAGACGUAAUUCACACCGCUCGUCUAAGAUCCGUCCCAUCACCAUGCCCCUGGAGCCUCUCAAGGAGUUCCAAGGUAUGGACACGACGGAGCGGAUCUUCUUGGAGGCGGUGGAGCGAGGCGAUAAACACACCGUCAUCCGCUGCCUACAAGGCACGAACCAUGUAAAUGUCAACUGCACCAACAUGCUUGGUCGGUCAGCCAUCCAGAUCGCCGUGGACAAUGAAAACGUGGAACUGGUGGAGGUACUCCUUCAGCAAGACGGGGUCCGCAUCGGGGACGCGCUGCUGUACGCAAUCCGGGAGGGUGUGUACAAGAUCGUGGAGAUGUUGAUCGACCAUCCCUCCAUCACGUUGGAGAUGCUGGGAUCAGACUGGUCAAAGUGUCGGCGUACAGGAGAGGAGAGUUCCGACUACUCGCAGGACAUCUCACCCAUCAUUCUGGCCUCCCAUUGCAACCAGUUCGAGAUCCUGCAGCUGCUCAUCCUCCGGGGCGCAAAGAUCAAUCAGCCUCAUCAGCUUUCCUGUUCUUGUAAGGUGUGUCAGGAGCACGUGCACGAAGACAGCUUACGUCACUCGCUGUUGCGGAUAAAUACGUAUAAAGCUCUUGCCAGCCCAGCAUGGAUCUCGUUGACCAGUCCCGAUCCAAUUCUCUCGGCAUUCCGUCUUUCAUGGGUACUACAGAAACUUGCGUUGAGAGAGAAUGAGUUUAAGGACACGUACAUGGGUCUGAGCGAACAGUGUAAGAAAUACGCUUGUGAUCUCAUUGAUCAGUGUCGCACGAGCGAGGAGGUCAUCGCUGUACUCAACAAAGAGAGUGACGAGGAGGAGGCAGACCACAGACAAUACGGAAUCGUGGACAACAACAAACUCACACUAGCAAGGUUAAAAUUGGCUCUUAAGUACGAACAGAAACAGUUCGUAGCCCAUCCCCACUGCCAGCAGUUGUUAACGUCCAUUUGGUACGAAGGUUUGCCCGGCUGGAGGAAGAGGAACGGCGUGACGAAAUUUCUACUCUGCAUCGGUCUCAUCCUUCUUGUUCCAUUCAUGGCGGUAUAUUACCUUAUUUUCCCGCGCAGUAAAAUCGGACAGCUCCUCCGCAGCCCGUUUAUGAAGUUUCUCUACCACAGCGCAUCGUUUGGGGUGUUUUUGUUUUUACUAGUAUGUGUGUCCACAGAAAUAAGUGGAGACUCGAACAGAGAACGGUUCCGAGGCCCAACUCCAUCACAGCUCGAGUGGUUCAUAGUGUUUUGGGUCACAGGAUUUGUGUGGCAGGAAGUCAAACAGCUGUGGGAUGAGGGACUAAAGGCCUACAUCCGCCAGUGGUGGAACUGGCUGGACUUCAUCAUGUUGUCGCUCUACCUGGCCACGUUCUCACUACGUCUAGUGGCUUACAUUCUCAUUAAGUCGGAUAGAUACGGUCCUAGAGAAAUGAAUCGGAGUGACUGGCCCCCUCUUGAUCCAACACUCAUAUCUGAGAGUCUGUUUGCUGUAGCAAACGUAUUCAGUUUCUCUCGAAUCAUCUACCUAUUUCAGGCGAACCAGCACCUUGGGCCGAUGCAGAUCUCCCUAGGUUGUAUGCUAAUAGACAUUGCCAAAUUCCUGUUCAUCUUCUUCCUCGUCCUCACGUCUUUUGCCUGUGGUCUGAACCAACUGUACUGGUACUACAAUGGAAGUCGAUCAGAGGGAGACCCCGACUCCUUCUACACAUUAGGCGAGUCUUACAUCACUCUGUACUGGUCACUCUUCGGACUGACCGCACUCAAGGACAUAAAGAUUCCCCAGGGUCAGUACAUCACGGAACUGAUGGGGAUGUUACUGUUUAUGGCUUAUCACGGUAUGGCUUCAAUCGUCCUUAUCAACAUGCUGAUAGCCAUGAUGUCAAACUCCUACCAGAACAUAGAGAACCAUGCCGACAUGGAGUGGAAAUUCUGCCGCUCCAAACUUUGGAUGGGCUACUUUGACGAGGGAUCAACACUUCCCGCUCCUUUUAACCUCAUCAUCAGUCCAAAAUCCAUUUACUACUGCCUCCGUUCGUGCAAUGCUUUCCUCUGUAAGUGUUUCCGCUCCCGUCGGUACCACAAACGUCGACCUCGCUCUUCAUCAGGAGGAACGAUUAAGCCGAUAUCCUCACACACGCAUGAUAAGGAAGAGCAUGACUCCAGGUUGCCAGGGGUGGCAUUAGACGACCUGUCUGUGUUCACGACAGGUGAAAGCGGAUCAGGGAUGAAACGAAUAGUGAAACAAUCCAGAUCUGCCUUUAACGGAGACGCUUACGGAAUCCCUCCUUCUUACUCCCAGCUGAUAUACCAGGAUGUGAUGAGGAGACUCGUAAGUAGGUAUAUUCACCAAACGAAGAAACAACGUCAACAGGACGGGGUCAACGAGGACGACCUGCUGGAGAUCAAACAGGACAUAUCUAGUCUAAGAUAUGAGCUGAGAGAAGACCGAAAGCGGGAAAUAGCCCGUGGGGAGAACCACUUUGAAAACCUGAAGCACGAGAUAUUGUCUCUAGUCAAAGGUCGCUCGUGUUCUGGAGGUCAUCACCAUGGACAUGCCGGAAGUUGUCAAGACAUUGACCGUCUGGGCACUGGGGCGUCCAGCAUGCCAAAUGCCGAUAUACAACAUCUGAAGCAGGAAAUAAUCAGCUCACUGCGCCAGGAACUGAGGGAAGCUGUGUCCGACUUGUCCAGUUACAGCUCAGGGCAGACUUUACCGGGGACCGCAGCACUCACCUUACCUCCGACCGAGUCCGAGUUGUACCAUACCCAUCUCUACACACAGUUAUGAUAUCUGUGCACAGUUAUGAUAUCUGGUCUUAAGUAAAAGCACAGGUGGAGAGGAAGCGUUGUGUGGCGGUUAGUGUGGCUGUAAUGUAUCGUUAUAUUCAUUAGGUGUUCGUAUACUAGAGCUCUUUCUAUUUGACUAUUGAUACUGAUGUCUUUGUAAUUGUGCAAAUGGUGCUGACAUACUGUUUCAUGCUUAAAUCCGACAAUAACUUUUUAGCAUGCGUCCGUCUUAUCGUAUUUAUCUGUGUCUUGUCUGUGUAUGUGAUAACACCGUUGUUCUCUAUGAUAGAGCCAUGACGGUGUAGCGUUUUAAAAUAACUAAAAUUAAUGUAUAUUAUAAUAUCUCUUAAUAGUGUUCUGGGAAGUCAAUAUUCAAUUAUUGUACGAUCCUUGGAAUGCAUAACAAUUAAAACGACAUUGUUCAGAAAGUGUUUAAGUUCAAGAUGUAUUACUUAACCCAAAAGUAUUAAGUUAGAGCCUUGAGAAAUGUUUCUUAAAACUAGAAUAGCAUGCUGUGUGUUCGUCUAUUUGAUCCAUACUGUUUUCGAUGUGACUACAAAACUUUCUGUUUAUGAUAUUGUUUGGCAGGAUGUGUUGUUAAUGAAUAACUAAUGGUAAUCAUUCGCAUGAAAACUGCUGCUUUUAGGUAUCGUGACGACUAAAUUAGGGACAACGCUUGUGUCAUUAUUACAGGUUCCGUGGAGAGAGAAAAAACCAUAGACAUUGUAGCGUCGCUAUUCCGUCUUUGCGUAUUGCAGAGUUAUCUUCA